AUGGUUGAUCAACCGUCUGACGAUGUGACGGUGAAGCCCAGUGCACAAGACGAGCUAUCGCGUCUCAUCGCGCUUACCCGUCACAAUAGCGAGCUUCUGAAUGAAUGCAGGGAGAGUUCUCAAGUUCGAUAUGAGGCGAUGAAUUCCCGAAUGCAAGAUCAGCAGGAUCAGUUAGGAAAUAUCCAAGCCAGACUUACCCAGAUGGUCGCAGACGAGCAGAAAUACAGGGCGGCUCGUCGCCCGCUCUCGGACGUGCCCAAGGAAGAAGUUCUACAAGUACUUUCUGGGGCCCACGCAGACUUGAUGAAUGCAAUCGCGUCGUCUAUGGAAGAAGCUCGGCACACAACGGAGAGGUUUCAUGAGGAGCUGCUGACAGCUCUCAGCGAUAGGGGCCGAAAUAGCUCAAUUGCCCCUCCCGAGCUAGACUACAUCGAGCCAUCAUAA